CAAAUGAAAGGAAGUCUAUUUUGAACAGGUUCGUGGUCUGGAUAAUGAUAUAUGUGGUUUCAUACAGAAAUUGUUUGGUAAUGAUGACAGGUGUUUGUGAGACCAUUAAAGACGUAACCACUUUUUGACAAAUAUCUUGAAAAACUAACAGUGUUACACAAAAAUGGAUUUAUCAAAAGUGACGGGAUAUUUUAUUUUGUGGAUAAUGAUGGUGGCGAAGAUUCAAGGAGGUCCACCAUCUGAUCCAAGAGGUUAUCGAUGGAGUGAGUGGCAAGCAUGUACCUCGAACUGUGCCGGUCCUAACAUGCGAUUCCGGAUCUGUGAAUAUCAAAACAAUAACGGGGUUUCACAGUGUACCCCUGGCGACGUCGUGUCAGAGAUCGACCCAAAUGCUCCUGUUGACGCACCAACUACCACAACAGACACUGUACCACACUACGACAUAACAACGACUGAAAAUUUACCAGUUGUCACCGAUACCACAACAUCAGAAAAUUUACCAGUUGUCACCGAUACCACAACAUCAGACAAUUUACUAUUUGUCACCGAUACCACUACAACAGAAACUUUACCAGUUGUCGAAAUCACGACUACAACCGACAGUUUGCCAGCUGUCGACACAAUUACUACAACGGGAAACGAACCAGUUGUCGAAACAACGACCAGAAAUGUACUUACUGUCGAUACCUCUAGCACAACAGAAAAUGUGCCAGGUUUUAGCACCACCUCUACAAUAGAAAGUUCAACAACUGCGAUUAACACAACAACCCUUUAUAACUCUACGAAUCAAAACACAAACUGUUCAUGUGAGUGUAAAAAUGCAGUAACGUGGUCAGUCGGUGGACUUAACCUAACGAACGAGGAGGCAAAGCAGCUAAUAGCUGAAUUAAGACAACAGUUAGCCGUGAAUGUUUCAACCUUGUCCUCCACAAUCAGGAAGAAAAUAAGUGCAACAGAUAACCGCGUGUCAUCGGCUGCCAUGGGGUACGUCGGCACGGUAGUGUUGGCGACGGUAGUGGUAGUUAUCGUCGGCUGUGAUCUUACUGUCCUUAUUGAUGGGCUGAGGAUGUAGCCAUUGUUACUAUAGCAGGUUGCAAAACAAAGUUUUUUAGGUUUAUCUUCUGCCAGUUAAUAUUUUGUAAUUGUAUCAAGACGCAAGGUUUACCAAGUUUCUUUACACCAUUUAAAAAUUCAAAAAUAAGAAUAAGACAGGAUAAAAAGCAAUCACGAAGUAAGGGACCUUUUUCUCCCAAAGCUUUUAUACUAUAUCUAGAAAACUAUAUUUUUCUCUGAGGAAUUCCUACUUCUUGUUCCCAAUAGAAAAAGCAAUUACAAUGAAUUAUGACGUCACAAUAGAAAUCCCCGGUGUAAACAUUGUACAUGACGUCAUAUGAUUACAAGAUCGGUCAUAGGGCAUAACACACUAGAGGUUACCAAACUGUUCACCAAUUCCCGGCCGAUUUAUCCAAUAAGUUCGGAGUAAAGACAUCGUUCAUCGUUGUGAGAGAAAAUAUUAUGAUUAUACCAUUUGGAUUUGAUAAUCAUGUUACUGUCGCCAUCAUAAUCGUCGUCCGAAAAGUGAUAUCAUUUUAUUUAUUACCAUAGAUUUGAAUAUAACACACCACGAGGUAGCGAAUUCGUCAAUUGUUUAUUUCUUAGUUUUGUCACGCAAAAUGAAACCAGUAUGAAAAGGAAGAUAUAGUUAUGAAUAAUUUUGUGUUGUGUUGAUAAUACAAAACAUGUUUAUUAUGAAAUAGACGGUUUCUUGAACAUAAUGAGAUAAACUUGAAUGACUUAAGUUUUUUUUACGGGUUUUAGGUAA